UAAAGCUGUUGGAGUGCAAGGACAGUUUGUGGAUAUGGAUACACCAUUAACAAAAAUUAACCUGCAUGUGAGAGCAGGACACAUCCUACCCUGGCAGAAACCAGAGAACAACACACACUACAGUCGUUUGAAUCCUCUGGGUCUGAUUGUUGCUCUUAAUGAUGAAGGUGUAGCAUAUGGAUCCCUGUUCUGGGAUGACGGAGAGGGAAUUAAUACUGUUCAGAAUGGACGAUACCUCUUGACAACUUUCUCUGUGUUUGAUCGGAAUCUUACGAGCGAGGUUUCUGUAAAUGGGCUGGCCGAGGCUGACCGACUGACCCUGGGUGUCGUGAGGGUUUGGGGUGUAACAGAGGAAGUCUCUCAGGUUACCAUGAAAGUGGCUGGGAAAACAGAUACCACCUUGGAUUACCACUAUAACCCUGAGAUUCAAGAGCUGCAGUUUGACGCAACAUCACUAUCUCACACCAUUGAAAAGUCUUUCACAAUCAUCUGGACCAAAACUUAGUCAUGGACUGUCUACGGAGACCAUCUUGAGCCAAGAGUAAUCGCAACUAUUUCUGUUUAUUAAUGAAUGUUCAGUCAACUAGUAAUUUAUUUAGCAUUUCUUCUGGAAGCUUUUUAUGGUAGAUAUCGUCUGGACUUAAAACGUUAAAUUAUU